AAUUUUGCUGUCUUGUGCAACAUCUUACCCUCACACUGCACAGUUCCUGUUUCAUCAACUUCCUCAUAAGGAUAUAUACUUACUCUUUCCAUCUGCUGCUAUAAGUCGCAACCCUAACGGUGCACAAGCCAGCCACCUCACCGAAGCUUGAGAGCGUCAUGACUGCAGCUGGGAGAUUUAUUUUCAUUGGCUGCCUGCUGCAAGGUGGUCUGUGCAGUACCUGGACAGCCCAGAUGCCUCAGUCUAUACAAGCCCUGAAUGGAUCCUGUGUGCUGAUUCCCUGCACAUUCCAGAUUCCAUCUAAAGAAAAUCUACAUCUAACAAACCCAGUUGUAAUAUGGUUGACAAAGAGAGGGUGGUCUGAUAAAAAGAAGUUGAACAAAAGUGAUGUAAAUAUAAAUGGAAGUUUGUCUGAGAUAAACUGCACUACAAUCCUGAACGGAAUUAGUAAGAAUUGGACUGGUGUUUAUUCUUUGAGGAUAAAAGACAAUAACAGUAAAAAUAAGUACAAUGUUACAGAGAAGGUGGAAAUUAAUGUGGAAGACUCUCCACCCAGCCCCCAGAUCACCAUAAACAGGGACAUGGUGAAGGAGGGGGGCUCUGUGACUCUGAGGGAAGGGGACUCUGUGACUCUGACCUGUUCGGCUCCAGCUCCCUGUCCAUCACUCCCCCCGACUCUGUCAUGGACCCCCAGGCUGAGUGACGGUAUCACUGUAUUUCAGGAGAAUGAUGAUCACACUAAACAUGUAUCUUCUGUUAUGAACUUUACUGCCUCACAUCUCCACCAUAAGCAGGAAGUCAAAUGUACAGCAGUUUACAGUCUCCAAGCCAACAACAGUGAGAGGACAUCCUACACAAAUGUGACUCUCAAUGUUCAGUAUUCUCCUAAAAACACUUUGGUGUUAAUUGGAAAAGACCGGAAUCUAACCUGCAGCAGUGAUGCCAACCCAGCAGUGAACAAUUACACCUGGUAUAAAGUGACUGGGAGUGAAACUAAAGUUGUUUCACACAGACAGAACCUCACCUCUAAUAUCACUGCGGUCAGUGGACAGUAUUACUGUCAGGCUCAGAAUGACCUCGGCCUGCAGAAUUCAAGCAAUGUGCAGCUCCACUGUGAACUGGUCAAGGCUCCACCCACUUGGGUGGCCGCUGCUGCAGGGGCGGCUGGGAUGAUGCUGGUGUGCAUCUUAAUGCAGAUUCUUCUCAAAACAUGCUGCCCCAGGGAGAAUCACAGCAGUAAGAUACGAGUCACUGAGGAAUUAACACCGAUAAAUUUGACUUCUGAGAGCGAAAAUGAGACUCCAGUCGUCCACCAUACCAACACAGACCAUGACAGAGGCAGUGAAUGGGGAACAGGAAGCAGUGAGGGGAUCUCACAGAACACUCUGUAUGGAAACAUCAACCACAAUGUUCAAAAUGUGCUGAUAGGCACAAGUGUGAUGUCUGAUGCUAUAAGGGGUAUGUCUGGUAAGAGGAAGAAAACCCAACAUCCUGAGAGCAGAGAUGUGUCUGGAUGUGGCUUCAGAAGCCAGGAUUCUGCAGAUUCCCAGAAGAGGAAAUAUGAGGCAGGUAGCGAACAAGAGACUAUGGAGGACAGGAAGAGCUCAGCGCUGGAUGAUCAGCUGAAGACACCUGAAACGAGAGAGGAACCAACGUAUGAUAACAUCUGCCAUCAACUGCGCACCAAUGGUCCAGAUGAUAGGUCUGCUACAGUGGAAGCUUCUCCUGAGGGUCCACAGGACCAUCAUGACGUUGCUUUUUACCCAAUGAUCUCUGAAGAACCGGGAACCAAUGAGAGUGAGUAUGCAGUGGUGAGAAAGGUCCGUAGCCUUCAGCCAGCAGAAAGUCCAUCCCUGAAGGACUAAGGAAUUAGUGCAGCUAGAAUUAACCAUAAUUCAUACUGCAUGUGUUCUGAAAAAUAAUAUUGUAAUGGGGGGGGGGGAGCUAUUGUGUCUUUCACAGAAAUUCUGAAGAAAUUUGCCCCAUUUACGCAAUAUAUUUUUACUCUUCUGUUGGUUGACUUUCAUGCUGGUUCUGAGGCACGGGAUCUGUGCUGGCAGUCGAAAGGUUACUGGUUUGAAUCCCCUGAAUUGCAAUCGCUUUGUUUUGGGUAUGAUGUGAACCUACAUCCAGUCCUGCAAGCUGGAUCUCCAACUUUCAUGGAAAAUUUGGGGGUUGGUGGCAGAAUUGACCCCUAGAAAAAACUCACACUGUUCCAUUCCAUUCAAACUAGCGUGGUGCUGAGGUAUCACCCGCUACAUGACUGCACUCAGGUUCUCAUCCCCGAGGUGUUUUGCUGCCUGGAGGGUGUGGCAGCACAUGUUCCUUACCUCUCUCUCUCUCUUAUUUUACAGUACAUCUUCUAGCUAUAAGCAUAACAAAUGUAACUUUGCACGUGUAUGAAGGUACAAUGCUGUGCAGAAUAAUUACUGCUCAAAGGUUUUUAUUUUAAAAUGUAUAUAAACAGCAUAAUUUCCAGAAUACUGUAUCCAUUGAUAGAUGGAAAUUCAGUGAUGUAAGUAGAUGAACUUUGAUGUUAUCAAUAAGUUGUCUUCCACUUAUACUAUAUUAUAUGGAAUAUGAUAUGAAUAUUAACUGAUUAUAUGAUCAAUCAAGGAGCGGCAUGGUGGUGCAGUGGUUAGCUCUGUUGCCUCACACCUCUGGGACCCGGGUUCGAUGCCUGGGCUACAUGUGUGUGGAGUUUGCAUGUUCUCCCCAUGUCGUCGUGGAGUUUCCUCCGGGUACUCCGGUUUCCCCCCACAGUUCAAAAACAUGCUGAGGCUAAUUGUAGUUGCUAAAUUGCCCGUAGGAAUGCGUGUGUGAGUGAAUGGUGUGUGAGUGUGCCCUGCGAUGGGCUGGCCCCCCGUCCUGGGUUGUUCCCUGCCUCGUGCCCAUUGCUUCUGGGAUAGGUUCCGGACCCCCCGCGACCCAGUAGGGUAAGCGGUUUGGAAAAUGGAUGGAUGGAUGGGCUACUCUCCUUGUGCUGUAGAAUAAUCGCGGUUUAAAUGCAGAACACAGUAAUAAUACAAAAUAAAUAAAGCAACUAAAAGACCCCAGAAGGCUUCUGCCUUUUGCUUUUCUCUCUGUCACUUCCUUGUCUGGGUUGUCCUGACUGUGCAUCAAUGACUAAAUCCUGAGCUUCUUUCUUCUUUUCACAAACAAAAUUGGCCACUGUCUAAUUAACUUGGUGUAGCAGCUACAUUUACAAAUAUUUUACCCUUUCUGUGCAAAUGGAUGAAACUGUGAGUUGGAAUUUAAACUAUAGUUAAAAUGCCAAUGUUCACGUUUUCAAAAUGGCAAAUUUCAUAUUCGUUUCACAAUGUUACUUAGUGUAUUUUAAUCAAAGUAGUAGGAAAAAUCGAAAAUUGUCAUUGUUUGAAAUUACGAAAGCAUGAACAGUGAACUCGACAAUAAAUUACCAAAUGAAAUAAAACACAGAUAUGUUUGUGUGGCGAUUUAUUCAUUUUUCAUUGUUGAUUGAGAAAGGGAAACUGUGGGAUGUGAAUAAUUGCAUUACGUGAGUCAUACGGGCGUAGAUUUGAGUAUGGCCGAGGCCAGACAUUUACUUACUAGUACUGUGGUAGUAUCGUGCGUGUUUAUGGGGCUUUGGAUAGAUCCCUACCAGUGUUGAAACUAAAGCUAUCCGGUUAGUCUGUAAUGCAAUUUGUAAUGCCUUAGGAUGGCGCUGUGACCCAAAUGUACGCAUUACAGUCUCAUGUCACUAGGAAUGGGGGUUUCAUGUCAGCCUAUAUGAUGGCUCUCUUUCUAUAGACCUAUAUACGAUUAUUAGAAUUGGUAUGUCCAUUAUGUCCAUUAUCUAUACUGUUCGUGCAGUGGGUUGGCAUCCAGUUUACGCUUGUUAGACACCUGGUGCAGCAAAGCGCUCCGAAAGAGGAAUAGGAAUUAGAGAAAUGGGGGGGGGGGGGAAUCACCAUGAAUAACACGUAGCCAUGAAAUUUUCCCCUUUUGUUUCACAUUGUUUUUGUUGCAACUCAUUGCAUAAAACAACAUCGUAUUUGUAGUAAACGCACUAAAAGAUUGCAUAAUACAAUCUCAACCUGAAUCUGCGAUAUGCAAACGUGAAAUGAUCUUCACAUGCAUUUAUAUCAGCCAUUCCAAAGUGUUACAGCCGAUACACGUGUUAGAUCCCAGGGAAAUGUGUUUUUGGCAGAGGAACGUAUGUCUGCUUCGCUCCCAGAUCAUUUAUUUUGUAAUGUUAAUAUUCUUCGAUGAAAACAUUGCUAUGUAGGUUAUAGAGAGAAUGUGGCACGACGGCUGACAGCGCAACCUUACGAGCGCUGGCUGCAGUCUAUGGCGUUAAAUUAGUGCCAAAAGUCGUGCGCAUAAAAACCACGCGCGCAUGCGCUCGCGAACAGAAAAUCGAUGCUUUCUACGCGCUCGCGAUUGCACAGCACUCACUCACUCGCUCGCCGUUAAAUUAGUGCCAAAAGUCGAACCACGCGCGUGUGUGCGCUCGAGUGCUGAAAACUCAUCCCCUCUACGCGCUCGCUCGCUCGAAUUUCCCACUUCUUCUUACCGUAUAUAAAAGAAUGGGCCAAUGUACGAUAAAUUGCAUUGUGAAUAACAUUUCUUAAUACAACAUCACACAGCCAAUUUAAUAAAUUCAAAUCCUGGGAAGAGCGCUCGUAAGAUAUUAGUUCUCGGGUUAGUGUUAGCAGACUAUAGGCGAAACCACCUUAAGUGCUAUCUGUUAAUGUUUAUUAAAUUGGCAUUAAAAUGGAGAGGUUUAUAAUAUCUUUUGUCCUUGUAGCUGCUAAAUACACUCAUUAUUAAAGCCAUAAAGUUGUCUGCCUGCUACAUUGGAAUCUCUGAGUAAGUGUUUUUGAUGGAUUUUAUUUAACUUUAUUUGACUCUGGUCCUUAGAUCUAAUGUCAUACUUCUUCACUUAUAUUGUUUGUGAAAAGGUUUACCACGGUCAAACAGAGCAGCCACUACAUCAUCAUACAUGAACAAGCACCUCACAAAACAAAAACAUUUCAUUUUCAUAAUUAAAAUUAUGAAAUUAUUAUGGUAGGCCUAGCGUGUGGAUCAGAGACAAGAUCUUGACACCUCAUUAACUAUAAUUUGUUCUGUGAACAGCUCAGAUACCACCUUCUCGAAAGUCUUUUGCAUAAAAUACAAAUGGGAUUCAGCGCGACUCCACUAAAUUUGGAUUACCUGGAGUUCCUUUGUCAUCAGGAGCUGUAUCUUCUGCAGGCCCUGUCUAAUCACAUUGAAGUACUUCCUGCUAUCACCCUGGCUUUGCAAGAGCUCUUUGACCUUGUGAGGGCAUAUCUGGAACGUCCAGCCCCACUGCCACACAGGAAGUCACUGCCACCAAUGGACGACCCAAGAGUUUGAUUGAAGAACAACGUUUGAAAGAAAUGUUCCAUACUCAACUUCCUGUGCCUUGCAUAGCCACACUGAUGGAUGUUUCAAGAAGAACAAUCUUAAGAAGAAUGAAAGAGUAUGAGCUCUGUGUUAGGGGCACAUAUAAUUCCAUCAGUGAUGAGGAACUUGACAAUUUGGUUUCUUCUGUCAAGAAUGAUCUACCAAAUGCAGGCUACAGGAUGGUCAGAGGGAGGCUGCAGUCAAUGGGCUACAGGGUUCGGUGGAGAAGAGUUGCAGCCUCCAUGCACAGGGUUGAUUCCAUGGGCAUCAUAUCAAGGUUGUCUAGUCUUGGCUGUGUUGUACGUAGAAUGUACUCUGUACCAGGGCCUUUGUCUCUGGUACACGUGGACACAAACCACAAGUUGAUCCGGUUUGUAUUAACAUCAAAUUUAUUUGAAGUUUGUUCAUCUACAGCCCUGGGUGGAUUGGUGUGAGGUGGUGGUGGGGCUUUGGAGAAGAUUUCCUGCCGAUCAACACUGGCCACUUAUAUCUAUGUGUCAUGGAGGUCUCGAGACUCACAGAUAUUCAGAGACAUGUGGAUAGUUUACCGGUGUUUUUCAGCAGGAAAUAGUUAUUACUACAAAUUGUCACCCCCCCCCCACAGAAACUGGAUCUGGCUAUAGUGGAAAAAUCUUUUUUUUUUUUAUUUGUGAGAACUUGAAAGCCCUUAAAUUGCUUUCAGCAAAGUAAACAAAACUUGGAAAAAAUAUAUGCUCAUUCACCAACAGUUUCUAAUCUGGGGUCUAAAGUGGUCAGGUUUGCUAGUGUAUUUGGUUAUUUGUCUAUCCUAGCCUGUUGCAGUGUAUAUUUCCUGUAUAUUUUGCAUGUAAAAAUGUUGUUUGUUAUGUCAGUGCUUAAUAUUAUCAUGUAGUCUUCAUGAA